UACCGCUAUCAGCACUGGAGAGGUAAAAGGGGUUGGGUUGUCGGUAACAGAAAUCCAAGUCCAUCGGUGGGCAUUACAGAAAAGGACGACGAGAUAUUGAGGCGGAGAGCCCCAGUUACAGUGAAAGGAUGCUGAAUAUGUGGAAAGUCAGGGAGCUAGUUGAUAAAGCCACCAACGUGGUGAUGAACUACUCGGAGAUCGAGUCGAAGGUUCGCGAAGCCACUAAUGACGAUCCCUGGGGGCCAUCCGGACAGCUCAUGGGAGAGAUUGCCAAAGCCACGUUUAUGUACGAACAGUUCCCUGAGGUUAUGAAUAUGCUCUGGACCAGAAUGCUGAAAGACAACAAGAAAAACUGGAGAAGAGUUUACAAGGCCUUACUUCUACUAGCAUACCUCAUCAGGAACGGCUCUGAGAGAGUGGUCACCAGCGCCAGAGAGCACAUAUACGACCUCCGCUCCAUGGAAAACUACCACUUUGUCGACGAGAAUGGGAAGGACCAGGGCAUCAACGUGCGGCAGAAGGUGAAGGAGAUGGUGGACUUUGUGCAGGACGACGACCGGCUGCGGGAGGAGAGGAAGAAGGCCAAGAAGAACAAGGACAAGUACAUCGGCGUCUCCUCCGACAGCAUGGGCAGCGGCUUCAAGUCGGGAGAGCGGAGUUUAGACGGAGACUCCAAGGGGAAAUGGGAGGAGGACUGGGACAAGAGUAAAGGGGGCUUCCCCUUCAGCGAGAAGCUGGGCGAGAUCAGCGACAAGAUCGGCAGCACCAUCGACGACACCAUCAACAAGUUCCGCAAGAAAGACCGUGAUGACUCACCUGAUAGAAUCAGUGACAACGAGGAAGACCGAGUAUCGCAAAAUGGCCCACCCUCCAAGUCCGAGUUCAAGGAUGAAGAGGACGGCAUCACAAACAAGGGCAAUACAGUCACCGAGGCAACAGACGCCACGACAGCUGCCACCACUUCUGCGCGCAAACGUGGCGGCAUUCCCUCUAAAACCGUGGACCUGGGGGCUGCCGCUCACUACACCGGCGACAAGAGCAGUCCAGACGCAGACAACGCAAAGACAUCCAUCAGUCAAUCAAGCAGUGGCCUUGCAGACCUGUUAAUGGUGGACCCAGUGCAGACACCUCCCAGUGGUGGAGGUUCAGAUCUAAUCGCGGGCUUUGCUGAUUUCUCCUCCCCAGCCGCCUCCGCCAGCCUCCCUCCCAAAGCUGCCCCCAGUGGUAACGGAGAGUUUGGUGAGUGGAAUGCCUUCCCCACCACCAGCCCGCCAGCCUCCGCCGGCGCCGCGUCGGCCGUGCCCCCGGCGGUGACGGACCUCUUCGGCGACGUCCAGGCCGCCCCGACCCAAGCGCCCGCGUCCUCUGCACAGCCCCCCUCGGCCGACCUCUUCGACCUGAUGGGGCCCAACCACGCCACCCUCAGCGCCUCGCAGAGCCUGAGCUUCAACAUGUGUGCCAACCAGGGCAUGCCCAUGUCACGGUCUCAGACAUUGGGGGGUCCUAUGCAGAGCUUAGGGGGACACAUGAUGGCACAGCAGAUGGGUAUGCAGAAACCGGGGCCGAAGGGCGCCCUCCCCGCCACGUGGUCCGACCCCAGCGUCAACAUCAGCCUGGACUUCCUGUCGGCCGGACCGGUUACAGGUAUCCAACCUCCCCUUAACAUGAUGGCUCAGAAUUUUGCCGGCAUGAACCUUAACUCUCCGCCAGCAGCUGCUCCAGGUGCCCCCAGACCACCCCUGGGCCCCAUGAUGGCGUCGGGCGGGCAAAUGGGCAUGGCGGUACCCCCCCCAGCCAUGGCAACGGGUACGAUGGGUGUCGGAGGUAUGGGAGUCGGGGGUGUGCCCGUCAAUCAGGGAAUGCUUGGCAUGAACAUGGGCAUGACGGCCCCUGCUGGGGUGGUCCUGCCUGGAGGUGCUGUUGGCAUGCCAGUGAUGGGCAUGGGCCAGGGAAUGACCCCUGGCAUGGUGCCACCCAAACAAGAUGCCUUCGCAAACUUUGGCAACUUUGGUAAAUGAACAUGAGGAGGAGAAGGAGGAGAGGAAGGAAGACUUUGAGACUAUGAGGAGAGCUGAAAGCACCACCUGGGGGGGGGGGGGGAAUUGAGCUGCCUAUCUCACAUGGACAAACUGAAAAAAAAACAAACAAACAAAAAAAAAUUAAACAAGCAAGCAACUGACAUCAGUCCUCUGCUCUCUGGGGUCUUUCCUGGGUUGGAAGAGAAUGAGGUUGCGGUUUCAGAGCAGCUUUUUUAGGGGGCGGGAGGGUCAAGGGAGUGAGGAAUGGAAAGCGUAUACAUAGCAUACUUCAAAGAAAGUAUCUUUUGGAGUUUCGGUACGUCUACCAAUACUGUUUCAAGAAAACAACACGAUCAAAUGAGUCCUGUUUUCCCAUCUUUUUCUACUUUAGUGUUUCUGCUUCUUUUAGAGUCUAAUGAAGGAAAAAAAAAGAAAAUUCCAGAAAUUACCUCACAUUAUCCAUACUUCAUGCUGUGACUCGGAAGAAUGAAAGCGUUUGUCUUUGUAAAUAUUCUUUUUUUGUGUGUGUGCAAAGAAAUAAAUUAUUGCAUUAUUAAGACCUCUUGGACAGUAUGGAUGUGGGUAAGAAGGCUUGAUGGACAAAGAGCUACCAUAGGUCCUUAAUUUCUUUAUUUUUUUUUUAAAUUGUUUUAUGUUUCAGUCAUACUGUUACAAAAUUACAUUCUACUUCCUUCACUUGAUCCCAUUUUGUUACAAGAUGGCCACCGUUCCAAAAGGAAAACAUGAGCAGUUCACUCGUAAUGCUGUCAUUCCUCAAUGGACUCUCUCCCUCACAGCUCCAGUCACAGACAGGCUUGACAUGUGAUCCGAACUGUUUCACAGUAUAGUUAGUGACUGCCAGCCUGUCUCAACAACAGAGUGCCUGACAGCAAGCUAGUUGCCUUCUUAUAUCUGUGGGCCACAUUUCAGAGCAAGCCAGUAUUCAACCCUAGAACAUGUGUAAUGAUGAGAACUGUUUUUUCAGUAUAUCAAGAUGUUACUGUAUUUCAUGGUAUGAUGUGUGGUUUUUUUUUUCUAUCAUUAUUACUAUUAAUAUAUUGGUUAAAUUUAUUUCAAGAAUUUUAGUUUUUUUGUUUCUUUGGUUUGUUUCAUUAUUGGUAAUGAAGGACAUGGUUGACUGAAGAAGAAAUCAUGAUUGAAGUGAAGUGUUUGCCACAGCCCUUCAUAGUUACAAGUCUGAGAUGACGAGAGUCUGGAUUUGAACGCACAAGGUCAAACUUAUGGUAUGAUAACCCAGUUAGACUUUCAUGUCUGUAACCAGGCUGUUUCAAUAUGGUAGCAUUUAAGGCUGCUCAGUGCAUCACAGAGAGCUGUUCCAAUUGUACUGUCAGUAAAGAACGUCCAACAGAUUCUGCCUCUGACUUACAAUGAUACAAUGUUACACUGAUGAUACAAUAAAUAGAAGUGCUGUAGCAGUUGAACUUGUGAGAGAGUUGCAGCUAUGGUGGUUGUUCUGUCGCUCUGAGGUUUGAGCCAAAGGCUAGUUCAGUACAUGUAUGAAGCUGUUCAGAUUUGCAUUGCUGAUUAUUUGCAUGUUUCUUAUUUUUAUUUCUUUUUUUUAAUUCCCAAAAGCUGCUGAACAUGUGACAGUCACACACUCAAGCAAAACACAUACCUAGAUCUCCUCCCAUCACAUUCUGAGGCAUUAUGUUUAAAAUGACCAAAUCUUUAUUUUGUUACUCUUGAGAUUUAUUCCAUGAGGAUUAGUUUUCCUAUUUUAAUACUUAACAUUAUAAAACUUUAUUAUAUUCAUAUACAUUGUUUUAGGGACGGGAGAUAAAAAAAAAAAAACAUUAGUUUUAUGAGCUAAGAAGCAGAAAGACAGAGGAACCUCUUUCAUAAAAUAGAUUUGUUUUCUUUGAUUUGUUCUCAAUACAUUUUAUGUAUGACAUUAAAUAGUUCAUUGAAAC